CCGAGGCCGACUGAGAAAACUGUCAUUGCACAACCAACCAUGGCCGACGAAACGCGGACGGAGCCAAAUGGUGCCUCGAAGGUCCAACAUGCCAGGACAUCACUACUCUCGAAAGAAGAACAAGCAAAGCGGCGUCGGCAAAAGCUAGCCAACCGGGACUAUGGCCGCGGCAAAGGCGUCGACGUGCGCGGUGUUCGGGACAAGAAGCUGCGCACCAACAUGAAGAAGCAGGAGGAGAAAUACCAGGAUGCCAUCUCAAAAGCUAAAGAUGCCGAGAUUCUGUUGGAGAAUGCGCCAGGCUUCCUCGAGCCAGAACAUGAGCUCGAGCGAACGUACAGGGUUCGCCAGGACGACAUCACAAGCGAGACGGCCGUGGCAGCGGCGCAAAAGCGAUUCGACCUGAAACUCGAGGACCUGGGUCCAUACCACUGUGAAUACACGAGAAAUGGCAAGGAGUUGCUGCUGGCCGGCCGCAAGGGCCACGUUGCGACGAUGGACUUCCGUGAAGGGAAAUUAGGCUGUGAGCUUCAAUUGGGCGAGACAAUCAGAGAUGUGCGGUGGCUUCACAACAACCAGUAUUUCGCCGUCGCGCAAAAGAAAUACGUCUACAUUUACGACAGGAAUGGCGUCGAGCUACAUUGCCUGAAGAAACACGUCGAAGUCUCACACAUGGAGUUUCUGCCAUAUCACAUGCUCUUAGCCACACUGGGCAUGUCGAGCAACUUGAAAUACCAAGACGUCUCUACCGGACAGCUGGUAUCCGAAAUCCACACAAAAGGCGGCGCCCCAUGCUCCUUGACGCAGAACCCAUGGAACGCAAUAUGUCACAUUGGUCACCAGAACGGCACAGUCUCAUUGUGGUCACCGAAUUCCUCAGAAGCGCUGGUCAAACUGCUUGCACACAAAGGCCCGGUCCGGUCGCUGGCAGUCGACCGAGAGGGCCGUUACAUGGUCUCAGCGGGGCAGGAUCUGAAGAUGUCGGUCUGGGACAUACGGAUGUUCAAGGAGGUUAAUUCCUAUUUCACAAGGACUCCCGCAUCAUCCGUUGCGAUAUCAGAUACCGGACUUACCGCAGUGGGCUGGGGCACGAGCACGACGAUAUGGAAGGGUCUCUUCUCCAAGCACAGAUCUGUUCAAGAAAAGGUGCAAAGCCCAUACCUCACUUGGGGCAAAGAAGGCAAGGCCGUGGAGCGAUUGCGGUGGUGUCCUUUCGAGGAUGUGCUCGGGAUUGGUCACGACCAGGGCUUCUCAUCGAUCCUGGUUCCUGGCGCUGGCGAGGCCAACUACGACGCUCUCGAGGUUAACCCGUACGAGACGGCCAAGCAGCGGCAGGAGGCCGAAGUCAAGCAGCUGCUUAACAAGCUGCCUCCCGAGAUGAUCGCGCUGGACCCCAACUUUAUUGGCAACCUGGACCUGCGGUCGGAGAAGCAGCGGAAGGCCGAGAAAGACCUCGACGCGCCGGCCGUGAACAUCGAGGAGGAGAUCAGGAACAAGGCACGCGGGCGUAACGGCGCUCUUAAGAAGUACAUUCGCAAGCAGAGGAAGCGGAACAUCAUCGACGAGAAGAGAGUGCGCGCAGACGAGAUCUGGGAGGAACUGCAGAACAAGAACAAGGCCCAGCACGAGCAGCAGAAGGAAGAGCUGGGCCCGGCCCUGGGGCGGUUCGCGAGGAAGGAGAAAUAAGAGGUUGAGCAGAUACCCCAAUAGGCAGGCAAUGUGAUUUUAUAUCUUUGUCUAUGCCACUAAUCCAGACCGUUGAGAGGCACCGCACCCUCAGCCGGCAUGUCGAAAUACCACAUUCGGACCACCGCUGUCAAUACCUGCCCUUUAUGUUGCGGGUGCACAGUUGGUACCUUGCUCGAGAUGGGACUUCAGUUCUCUGGGCUGUAGUUCGAGGCGUUCGAACAUCCGAAGAGUGUAGUGUGGGAAGCACAUUGAGUCUUGUGGCAGAAGGCAGCGCGCGGCGCGCGCAAAGGAAAGGACUCGCCCCAAGUCCACGAUAGGAACACGGUAUUUUAGCUGGCGGUCAACUAGACUAAUGUCGAUGGCAUAUACACACUCAUGAUAUUUGUGAGAUGAUGCUGGAGCCGCGAGAGCCUAGCAUCCCAGCUGUUCUCGCGCAGGUUCAAUGAAUAUAUUCCAAGAGAGCACCAUGUCAUGUGCGAGCAUCAAGUUGUGAUCUGUCCCAAGUUGACCCACCUACCAGACCGUUUGUCAAUGUCUUUUGCUAGCCCCCAACGCCGAGCAAUGCAAAUCCCACCCCUUAACAAAUCACGGGACAACCGCCGGUCCCAACCAUACAGAGACUUGAAGCGUCAGGACCACAUGCCCACCCUACAGCAGCUUCAGGUGGCCGGUGACCUGGUCCACGGCGCUCUUGGGCGCGGGCCCCACGCCGAGGACGGUCAGGCUGCCCGGGUCGAUCUGGGUCCGGCCGGCGUCGGCGAUGACUUCGGCGGUGAUGCCAAGCGAGCGAGCCUUGGCCAUCAGCUCGUGCAUCUCGUCGGCGCUCUUGGUCUGCAGGGCGACCUUGGCCUGGCCGUAGCGCUCCCAGCGCUUCAGGAGCUUGGCCGCGGGGCUGCUGGGCCCGGCGGCCUGCGCGGCCUUGGAGAUAGACUUGAAGCAGGCGAGAGUCGCGUGGCCGCACUGCGCUGCGAUCUUGCCUGGUUGGGGGUGGGCAGAAGGGUUAGCACACAGCUUGGCCAUGCUCGUAACGGGGAGACGGCGGCUGAUGGGUCGGCACGCUUACCCUUGGUCAUGCCCAGAUCCGU